AUGUGUGGGGCAAAGAGUGGUGUAGGCUGCAGCCUGAUGGGACUGGGCUCCUUCCCAGGAAAACUCCAGGAGGAGCUAAAAUGGAGAAGAAAAGCCAAACACCCAGAGAUUUUGACUCUAGAUGCAGAAACAGCUCAUCCCAUCCUUGUUUUGUCUCAUGAUCUGAAAAGUGUAAGAUGGGGACAGAAACGGAAGAUUCUUCCUGAGAAUCCCAAGAGAUUUGACACCUGGCGCUGUGUGCUGACCUGUGAAGGAUUCACCACAGGGAAACACUACUGGGAGGUGAGGGUGGAGGGCAAGGGAGACUGGGUUGUAGGUGUUGCCAAGGAGUCUGCAGGUAGGAAAGGAUUCAUCAAUUUUAACCCUGAGUAUGGGUUCUGGGCUCUGCAGAAGUGGGGAGGUCAAUGCCAGGCUUGCACCUCCUCUGUGACCCACCUCACCCUGAAUAAAAACCCCACCAUCAUCCAGGUCUAUCUGGACUGUGAAGGAGGACGGGUAAUAUUUACUGAUGUUGUUAGUGAGACCCAUAUCUUCAGUUUUCCCAAGGCAUCUUUUGAGGGGGAAAGAAUCCUUCCUUGGGUUGGGCUGGGAGUAGGAUGUGGGCUCAAACUGUAUCCCUGAGACAUGGCUGGAAAUCGUACUGAAGGGUCUUAAAUCAAAUAUUCUAACCCAAUGGUUCUCAAACUUUUUGGACUCAAGGCACCCCUGAUUUGACUCAUUCAACUCAAAGCACCCCUCCAUGACUUUUUUUAAUGCAUUGAGGAUACCCCCAUUUAAAACUAUCUGUUAAAGUGUUUAUUUCUGUUAGGGUGACAGUAUUUGGAUUUUGGGGAGCACUGGAUUUAUUCCGUGUCUCAGCAAAAGCUGCUGAUCACAAGGCAGAUUGAUAUAUUAAAAAUAACCUUGCAAAUGCUUAAGCAAGCAGUCUUCUAAUAAUGGGAUAGUGUGUAGCAUAUAUGGGUUGUUAUGGGUGUAGCAUAUAUGGGGUUGUCCUGGGGAAGAGCUUAUGGGGUUGUUCCUGCUGCAGCCCAGCUAGGUGAUUUUUCUGCCUCCCCUGGCAGCAGCAGACUUCAGCCUUUAUAUACUGUGUUCUCAAAAUGACUGCCACCAUCAGGCACCUGGUGGAUGCCUGACCCAGCCCUUAACGUGGCAGGCACCAACAGUGCCCUGCCACAAUAGUUAAUUAAGGAUUGAAUUAAUGAGUAUAUAACAUGGUGCCUAAGUUAUUAGCUGCUUAUCCAUUGAUUUAAGCAUCCUUUAAGUAUAAAUAGUUCUCAACUGUUAUUCUUGUAUUAACUCAUCCUUGUACAUUGUAAA